AUGGAUGAGUUGAAUACUCUGCUAGCAGUCAAUGAAGCAUUUAAUGAAACUUUACAGAAUUUGAUCCGGCGUGUUACAUUAGCUAUAUCUAAGAAUCGUGAAGCACAAAAAUUGUCAAAAGCUAAGUUGCGGCAAACAGCAGAACGUGGAUUACGAAUUAAUAUAAAGAAAGUGCCAGUUUCACGGUUUUUAUUCCCAUAUUUUCGCGAUUCUCAUGAAAUGGUAAACGAAUAA